GCUUGCUCGCGCCAGCCUUCCUAACACCAACCGCCAAACCUUGAUUAUCAUUUCGAAUGCGACAAAUUACAGUUGACCAUUGCCUUUGUCCGGCGAUGGUGCAAACUGGCUGAUAAAUACCCUGCUCGGCUCCUUGUGUAGGAUGAACGCGUCCUUACGAUCAGGGCCACCGACGAUGGUUUUCUUAGCUUCAUAUGCAGGCGUUGUGGCGGGCCUCUGGAACCUAGGUUGAGCCCGGGGCAGCAUCCCGUAGCCGACGGGAAUGGCGGCGGUAGUGGAGGGCUCGCUUUCUUAUGAGGGAUCUGGGAAGGGUAAAGAGAGCAUGGGGGAGCCGAAGGAUGCCGUCAUCUUCGUUGGAAUCUCGUUGGUGUUAGGUAUCGCUUGCCGGCAUAUUCUUAAGGGCACCAGAGUGCCAUACACCGUCGCGCUCCUCAUCGCCGGCAUUGCUAUGGGAUCAUUAGAAUACGGAACACAUCAUGGCUUGGGAAAAGUUGGCAAUGGGAUACGUAUUUGGGCAAAUAUUAAUCCUGAUUUGCUAUUGUUUGUUUUUCUUCCCGCCCUUCUAUUUGAAAGUUCAUUUGCAAUGGAAGUGCACCAAAUUAAGAGAUGUUUUAUGCAAAUGCUGCUACUUGCUGGACCUGGAGUUGUAAUAUCGACCUUUUUUCUUGGAACAGCAUUAAAGUUAACAUUUCCCUACGGGUGGGACUACAAGGUGUCAUUAUUGUUGGGAGGACUUCUUAGUGCUACAGAUCCUGUUGCAGUCGUUGCUUUACUGAAAGAACUUGGAGCAAGUAAAAAAUUAAGUACAAUAAUUGAAGGAGAAUCCUUAAUGAAUGACGGGACUGCGAUUGUUGUGUAUCAGUUGUUCUACAAGAUGGUGCUUGGGAAGAGCUUCAAUUUUGGAGAAAUUAUUCAGUUCUUAUCACGUGUUUCACUUGGAGCUGUAGCUCUUGGACUAGCUUUCGGAAUAGCAUCUAUACUCUGGCUUGGGUUCAUCUUCAAUGAUGCAGUCAUCGAGAUUGCUUUAACUCUGGCAAUCAGCUACAUCACGUUUUACACUGCUCAAGGUGGGGCUGAUGUUUCAGGAGUCUUGGCAGUGAUGACUUUGGGCAUGUUCUUUGCAGCAGUGGCCAAAACUGCUUUCAAGGGUGAUAGUCAACAGAGCUUACAUCAUUUCUGGGAAAUGGUUGCAUAUAUUGCAAACACCUUGAUCUUCAUCUUGAGCGGAGUGGUUAUUGCUGAAGGUGUUUUGAACGGUGACAACCAUUUUGAACGGCAUGGAAGUUCAUGGGGAUACCUUGUUCUGCUCUAUGUUUAUGUUCAGUUGUCACGUGUAGUAGUUGUUGGGCUAUUAUAUCCUUUUUUGCGUCAUUCUGGGUAUGGUUUUGACUGGAAGGAAUCUGUGAUACUCGUAUGGUCUGGGCUACGAGGAGCAGUGGCUUUAGCACUUUCUCUUUCUGUAAAACAAGCCAGUGGCGUGAACCAACCUCUUCUAACCAGUGAACUUGGAACCUUGUUUGUUUUCUUUACCGGUGGAAUUGUAUUCCUAACACUGAUUAUCAAUGGGUCAACCACCCAGUUCCUCUUACACCUUUUGGCUAUGGAUAAGCUAUCAGCUGCCAAGAUUCGUAUUUUGAACUACACAAAAUAUGAAAUGUUAAAGAAGUCUUUGGAAGCGUAUAGUGAUCUCGUAGAUGAUGAAGAACUUGGAGCUGCUGAUUGGCCAACUGUGCAAAGAUAUAUAACCUGUCUAAGUAACUUGGAAGCAGAUGAGCAUCCCCAUGUUGUAACUGAAAGCGAGGAUCAUCUAAAGAGGAUGAGCCUAAGUGACAUGCGAGUAAGGCUUCUGAAUGGUGUGCAAGCUGCCUAUUGGGCUAUGCUUGAUGAAGGAAGGAUAUCUCAAGCCACUGCAAUGAUUUUAAUGAGUUCCGUAGAUGAAGCUAUGGAUGUGGUGUCUACUGAGACUUUAAGCGAUUGGAAGGGCUUGAAGUCCAAUGUUCAUUUUCCAGGGUAUUACAGAUUUCUUCAGAUGAGCAGACUCCCACAGCGGCUGGUCACCUAUUUUACAGUGGAAAGAUUGGAGUCGGCAUGUUCACUUUGUGCAGCUUUUCUUCGUGCACACAGAAUAGCCAGACGGCAACUUCAUGACUUUAUUGGUGAUAGUGAAAUUGCUUCUAUGGUUAUUAAUGAAAGCAGUGAAGAGGGGGAAGAUGCAAGAAAGUUCUUGGAAGACGUCAGAAUUAAUUUACCUCAGGUGCUCCGCGUUGUGAAGACGAGACAGGUAACAUAUUCAAUUCUGAAACAUUUGAGUGAAUAUGUUCAAAAUCUUGAGAAGGUUGGACUUCUAGAAGAAAAGGAGAUGGUUAAUCUCGACGAUGCUGUGCAGAGUGACUUCAAAAGGCUAUUAAGAAAUCCUCCGUUAGUAAAAAUGCCAAAAGUGAGUGAUCUAAUUCGUGCACAUCCUUUGCUUGGAGCUCUUCCUGUUGCUGUGCUUGAACCCCUUGGUAGUUCUACAAAAGAAUUAAUUAAAGUGCGUGGCACGACCUUGUACAAAGAGGGGUCUAAGCCAAAUGGGAUUUGGCUUAUUUCAAUGGGCGUUGUGAAGUGGGAAAGUGGAAGCCUCCGUAACAAUCAUUCAUUGCAUCCAACUUUUUCUCAUGGAAAUACUUUGGGACUUUAUGAAGUUCUAGUUGGAAAACCCUAUUUGUGCGACAUGAUUACAGAUUCUGUGGUUCACUGUUUCUUCUUUGACAGUGACAAAAUUCUUGCCCUUGUCAAGUCAGACCCUGCUAUAGAAGGAUUUCUGUGGCAGGAAAGUUCAUUAAGCAUAUCCAAAAUCCUUCUUCCUCAAAUAUUUGAAAAAAUGACAAUGCAUGAAUUGAGAGCCCUUGUUGCUGAAAGAUCGUCAAUGAAUGAAUACAUAAGAGGAGAAACCAUAGAGAUAAGAUCAAAUGUCAUUGGUCUUUUAUUGCAAGGGUUUGUAAGGAAUGAAGAUGUCCAGCAAGAGUUUAUCACAUCUCCUGCAGCAUUGUUUCCUUCACAUUCAAAUCUGUCCAUAGUUAGUUCACGAUCCACUG